AUAAAUUAUACGUUUAGGUACUUUAUCGAGAUUUCUUUUCAGCAUUUCCUGCCGACGUUAAACAGUAUCUUCUCCAAGGCUCGAAUCUUCGGUGUAUCUGCUUACGGUGUCAACGUGUCAUUCUUGUGGAGUGUAAUCCUGCUACUUUCACUAAUAAUAGUCGAGAGCCGAGCGAUUUUCAGAAUACUGAGGGUGCUGACCAAAUAUGCAAUAACUAAUUUAACUGAUGAUGGGCAAGGGCUAACCGCUCACCUAGCAGGUUCCAUCUUCUAUGGCAACGCACUCCUAUCACUGUUCUUCUCCAUCCGAUUCAUGCAAUCAUGGCGGAAACUAUCCAUACUUUGGCUAAGAAUGGAAACCACUGACGGACUUAAUUUCUCACCAGACAAGUGUAUUCGAUUGAAAGCCAUAUUUGUGGCUACUUCAAUCCUGGUUUUGGCUUCUGUGGAACAUAUGAUGAGCAUGAUGUCAAAACUGGACUUCAGCUAUCCUCCUGCAGAAAUGCUUCGAAUCUUAAUUUUGGAUUCGCACGGAUUCUUAAUAGGACCAUAUGACUACAACCUCGGUAUAGGCAUAGCUAUAUUCGUCCUAAGUAAAUUCGCGACGGCGCUGUGGAACUUUCAAGAUCUAAUCAUUAUUCUUAUCAGUAUGGGCCUAACUUCGCGGUACCGACGACUUAAUUUGUAUGUUACCAAUGCGAUCGCGUUCGAGAAGUAUCAUGAAGGGCAGAAGAGGUUUGGAACGGACCUGUACCUACACAUCCAGUUAUGGCGUCGUCUCCGAGAGGCGUACGUGCGUCAGGCCGCGCUCGUCCGCUUGGUGGACAAGAAACUUGGAGGCCUCAUACUCCUGUCCAACAUCAACAAUUUAUUCUUUAUCUGUCUGCAGCUGUUCAAUGGGACGCAUAGAGACAAGAGCAGUGCCCUAAAUCGCGGCUACUACUUGUUCUCAGUCGGGUUUCUGAUCCUGAGAGCGUGCGGCGUGGUGCUGGCUGCUUCAGACGUCCACCGACACUCGCAAAAAGCUGUCACCUGCCUCAACAACUGUCCCAGCCAUAGCUAUAAUAUUGAGGUAAAAAGGCUGCACUACCAGUUGACGCAUGACUUCGUUGCCUUGUCUGGCAAUGGGUUCUUUGCACUAAGAAGACAAGUGCUUUUAGAAGUGGCCGCUACGAUUUUGAAAUACGAAUUAGUCCUGAUACAAUACGACAAAUAAUAAAAAAGGACAAGAAUCGAGUUGCCGCUACUAUGUGACAUGGUUUGAGAAUAGCUUCUCAUUCUCCUUGACAACCUGGGCAUCCAAUACACGUUUUUAAGUCUAACCUAUAGUUCCUGAAGUCGCGUGUUCAACCAAACUAU